CCGCGUCGACGGGCCCGCGAUGCGCGAAGUGCCGGCGUCGCGGCCGCUUCCAAAAGCGCCGCGUUAAUCGCACCGAUGCAGUGGCGAAAAUUGACCAGGUUGAAAUCUUCGCCGGGCGGACAGUCUCGCGCUCGGAGGAUGCUCUGCUGCGGCCGCAGGAAGGAGAAUGGGCGUGCGGCGCCGGAUCUCACGGCGUCGCCGGGCCGUGCUCCGGCCGGUCCGCCGCAGCCGGCGCGGGCAAAUCAUGCGCCACCCUGCGUGCUGCAGCCAGAUUUUAGGAAGGUAUCUGGCGUGAGCAAUGAAAUAUUCAGACAGAUUGAAUUGGUGGAGAACGAUCACGAUGCUACGACGGCCGCGGCGCUGGAGGCGGUGGAGCGUCGCGGGGAGAUGAUAGUUCGGAUCCUUGAGCUGAGGCAAGUGGGACGAAAUAACAUAGAAGCCGCCAAGAAAUUCUUUUCUUUACAGGAUUCUCGACACGUAGUCCAACUAGUGGAGAUUGUCAAAAGACCUGGCCAAACUUUGGGCUUAUAUAUUCGAGAAGGAGACGGUGGGGCAAGGACAGAUGGAGUAUUCAUAUCUCGAAUAGCGUUAGAAUCUGCCGUUUAUAACAGCGGUUGUCUCAAGGUUGGAGACGAGAUCCUAGCUGUUAACCUAGUGGACGUUCGACGGAUGUCCUUAGAUGACGUUGUAAUCAUUAUGUCGAUUCCCAGAAGACUUCUACUUUGCACCCGACAGAGGAAAGGCAAAUCUGGACCAGGUUCACCAUCAAUGCCCAGAACUGAACAUAAGCCUCCACCAGUUGUCGUGUUGAAAAGAGAUUGCAGAGAUGAUGAUGACAGAGAUAGAGAUAGAGUUGAUGGACUAUACUCACAACAUGGUACGCUCCGUUCAUCUGGCGGAGUUCGACCAGUGGGAGACGGUCGCGAGGAAAGAAGUCGCCUACAGCUGGGCGGUUUGUCUCCUGAUUCAACGCCACUCGACUUGUACUAUAAUUCCAGACCUCCAUCGGACCAUUCUACAUGGAGUUAUCGCCCACCACCACCAGUUAUAACAGAACAACCUAAGUCAGCAGCUACGCACUUCGUGCCAUACGAAAGAUCUUAUCCAAAUACAUUGGAAAGUUUAGCUGAGAAGGUUCAUUCCUUCUAUCCAGGGGAAGGUGGCAGUACUAGAUUCGGCGGCAGAGUGCCCAGAUCUGGGUCGGAACAGCAACUGCCUCGUGCAGAAACUCACUCAGAUUUUGGACGGCAUUCACUGCUGAGGUCCAGUUUGAAAGCAUCUGCCGCUACUGGGGCAGCUGGUGCCUCUAGUUUGUCAAGAUACAAUCAACGUUACGGUGGCGUAGGUAUGCCUGGUCUUCCAAGCUCGGGACUUUCAAGUACUGGGCUCACUGGGGCUGGCUUAGGGCCCGGUCUUCCUUCGGGGCUCUCAUCCACCGGUCUGAGUGGUUUAACCGGGUCCAGCUUAGUUGGAACAGGACUGAGUAGCGGGAUUGGAACUGGUUUAUCAGGAUCUGGAUUAAGCUCCACUCUCGGUGGAUACGGAACGACUGGAUUAGGACUAUCCUCUUACGGAAAUAAAUUCGGCACAUCGAGAAGGAAUCGAAGCCUCGACUACUCCUCAGAUACAGAAGCCACUGCACCCACAAGAACGCCAUACUAUUCUGGAUUAAGUGGCUACAGAAGCAGCACGUUGGGAAGAGAUAUAGGAUCAAAGUUUAAUUCGCUCCCAAGAGACGUCCGAGGAACUGGCCAAAGAUUGGGACUGUCAAGAAGAGCUGGAAGUGUCUUGCAAGACGAACCUGAACCGCUGUCUUCUCGACUAGAUCUACGUUCUUCCAGAGUGUUUACAUCGGACGAGUAUCGCGCCUGGCUGUCCAGAGCGCCUUCUACCAGCGCUCUCUACGAGAGUCUGCGGCCACGCUUGCCCACACACUACUCGGCAGAAAAUAUACACGAUGCACUGAAAAAUAUGGAAACUGCAAGUCGCUUCGGUUCAACACUUGGUUUAGCCGGUCGCCGCAUGGAGCGCCCCAGGCAUUUGCCAGCAAGAUCUCUGUCCUCGCAACAAUUAGGACCAACCGCAAGUGGUUCGCCGUCAGCUCGUCGCGUAAGACAGCUACUGGAGCUAGGUUCGAAAUUCACCUGCCCCAACCCCAGCCCAGUGCCCACACCCGGUUCAAGACAUCAGAGACACCUCGAUAUAAACCCUAACGAAUUUCUCAAAUACAAGAUUGAAAAGCCGGGGGCUAGUUUAUCGACAUCUAUGACUGGGCUAUCUCGUAUAUCCGGGGGUGUUUCGGGCAUGUUAUGGGUGCAUUUACUAGCCGGAAGGGGGUUAAGGCCUGCCCCCUCGGGCUCUUCGCCCGGUUCCCCCCCGUCCGGACCUUUAGCCCCACCGCAGCCCCCGGUAGCUCCACGGGACCUGUACUGUGUACUUGAAUGCGAUCGAGUACAUAAAGCUCGUACUGUGGUUCGUACCGGAGAACUUCAGUUUGAUUGGGAUGAGUCUUUCGAGCUAGAACUGGUCGAUAAUAGACAGUUGGAUGUUCUGGUAUACUCUUGGGAUCCUCAACAUAGGCACAAGCUAUGUUACCGCGGAGCUGUCACUUUGCCUGAUCUGCUAGCACGGUCAUCCUCUCAUCAACUGGCGAUAAGGAUGGAACCGCGUGGAACGCUUUACGUCCGCGUGCGACACACGGAACCACAUGAGUUAUUCCGCCGAAGACCCACGCCAUCCCGUUUAUCCCCACCACCUUUAUUCGGUGCAGAAUUAGAUCAAGUCGUUGCAAGGGAAGUUAGGCCUUCCCAUGCCCCACCGGUGCCACUCAUCGUCAGGCGGUGUGUGGAGGAGAUUGAACGACGCGGUUUGGAUAUUAUAGGUCUCUACCGUCUGUGUGGAUCUGCGGCUAAAAAGAGGAUACUGCGUGAAGCAUUUGAGAGGAAUGCUCGUGGAGUCGAGUUGACCCCUGACUCUGUACCUGAUAUCAAUGUGAUUACAGGAGUACUCAAGGAUUACUUGAGGGAACUUCCGCAACCAUUGUUCAGUCGGUGCUUAUUCCAGAUGACGUUGGAUGCUCUAGGAGUAUGUCUACCAGACGAUAAAGAAGGCAACGCUCGACUUAUGGCAUCAAUAGUGGAAUGCCUUCCACGUGCAGCACGAGCGACUCUGGUCUUUCUGCUGGAUCACCUGGCUCUCGUAGUCGCAGCCCAGGACCGGAACAAAAUGUCCCCGCAACAUCUGGCUGUGGCCCUGGCGCCACCGCUGAUGCUACAGUCGCAGCCGCCGACAGAGCUGGACUACCAGCGACCGAUACACGUGCUACAAUGUCUUUUGCAAAUCUGGCCAGCACCAAAACGUUCAGUUCGGCGCGGCGAGCCAGCACUCGGGCCGCGUGGAAACAGAGUCAGUGCGUCGCAAGUGGGCUCAGCCACCCUCCCCCAAGGCCGAGUUCCGCCCUCAGCCAGUCCAUAUCGGCAUCCAGCGGUAGCAUCAGCAGCAUCUCCGCCGCCAGCUCUCUCGGCUCGGCCCGGGGCCGACCGCUCGCCGCCCACACAUGUUCUCUCAUCAGCCAGGGCCGGCCAAUAUCGUCCGCAGUCGCCUCUGCGCGGCCCACUGCCCGCUCCUCCUCGCUCCCGCCAAGUGACGGUCUCCUCUCCCGGUUCGCCCAGUAGCAGCUCAGGCAGCCACAGUCCGGCCGACACUAUCAAGCACGGCGGGUCCGUCUCCUCAAUACUACGACAGCCCGAGAGGACCUCGCCCAGGAAUUCCCCUCGCAACUCCCCCCGGGCCUCGCCUAGAGAUUCCCCGCGGGGCACGCCCAGGGAUCUGACGCCGAGGGAGACUACACCACGGGACACGCCCCGGGAGAACGGGUCCCGCGAGUCCCCUCGUUCCGCCAUCCCGGGCACUUCGGCCGGGCUGGCGGUGACGCUCAACUCGGCCGGCGGCGUGAGUCCUCGCUACACCUCCACCAACCCCUUCCUGCAGCAGUACGACGCCGAGGAAGAAGCCGAGGCGUGGCGCUCUGCCGACAUAUUCUCCUCUACGCACACAUAGUGCUCAUAGCGAAUUGAAUUUCCUAGUCAAUUUUUUUAAAGAAUCGAAAGAGUGCUGCUCUGCUGUAUAUUAUGUUGUUCGAACGUGCGUUCAUGAAUUUGUUAUAUAUAGCGAGUUAUGAUGUAUAUUACGGUGAGAAUGUUCGCGCGAGGUUGUCCUCGCCGACCGCUAUCGCUCCGCCCCGUAGCCGCUAUGUUGUAUUGACGUAUUGUAUAUUGUAUAUAAAUGAAUACGUAUUUAAUGUAGGUACGCUCCAGUUUUGUACCGAUAGGGCGGCGCUCUGGCGGACGGCCGAAGCGCUACACGCAUCGUCCCACAUAUCAGAGACUGGCCCCGUCUACGCUUCCGAGCUAGCUGAACUCUGGAGCGUCUACGGUGCGCCAGUCAGUAGGUCGAGUAGGGAGAGUGUAUCAUAGAUCGAGUUGGAAUCGUCUUGAGACUGAGACCAUAUCAGAGUACAUAGCUCGUAGAUACCUCUCGAUGGACAUCCGUCGUAGAACAAGCGAUUACGUCACGAACGUCUUGAGGCACGACUGUUAUGAAUCUUUCAAAUAUUCCAAGUAUUCCUUGUUCAUUAUUAAUAAAUUAACUAUUAUACAUAUAAACUAUAUUAAAUUAAAAUAGUGUUAGUGCAUUUUUACGAGUCGCUGAUUCUAUGAAGGAACGGAUUCUUUAUCCUGAACGGAUCGGUCGCAAUCUUAAGAUCUGGGAUCAUAUUUGCGAAUGUUGAAUUAAAAGCGUCAUACACAUAUUAUUUACAGAUAUAAAUUAUUGAGCGGCAAUCUGUUUCUUCCAAUUGCAAACAUUUUUUACUGUUUACAAUUAAAACUUCAAAUUGUUGACUGUAUUUUAUUAUCUUGUUGAAUGGAUAGCUAGUGUUAAUGAUAAUACUGAAUAAUAAAUUGGGAUUCGCAAAUAAUAUCUCUAUUCUUAUAGCUGGCGUCUGCUAGACAUAUAAGAGUGGCGGAAAUCGACCAAUGACAGCACUGAUUAAAUCGUCACUGCCAUGAUUGGUCCAUUUUAAAUAGUUAUGCAUAUUAUUACAAUUACACCUAUUAAUAUGUCUGUCGGAGGCACUCAGGUUUCGUACUGAUUUUGAGCAACACUUCAAGACGAAGUUUUGUUACUGUUUUUAUAAUAUAGUUGCACAAAGGACACGACUGAAAUGGGACACAAGGUUUUUGAUACUUUACCAUUUUACCCUUUUUCUCAUUUUGUGAUAUACUAGAUGUUGCGUUGGAACCUCGCCUUUUAUAUGAAUGUAAGUCUGUCCAUGAAUUCCUAUAUUUCGCUUAACCUACUAUGAAUAAACUCGUUUUUGGCGGAAUUCAUGUUCGGAGUAGUACCUUAUGACACUUUACUAGGCUCUACUGAACACAAGAAACUGACAAUUCUAUACUGGGGACCUACUAAGGAGUUUAUUAUGCAUAGUUUUCAGCAAAUUAACAUAUUGUCGAAACUUCUCUGGUUAAAAAUUUGGGUAUCUAUUUUUCCUAACUUUGAAGUUAGAUCUAAGUCACAUACAGAAAUCAGGUGUGCUAGUAAUGCUGGCCUGAAUCGUUCGAGAUACAAGAACAGGACAGUUUCUUUAUCGGCGUUAAAAUAUCGUGAAAGGCUCCCAAAUAAUUGAUUUCUACCACUCAAAACGUUUUUCAAUACUAUUGCAAUUUGAUAUUUCGUUUCCAAUGUGUUCGGUAAAGCCUUUACGCGAAGACAAUAUGAUUUUAGAAUCUUUAUAAUAUCUGAUAUACUGAUUUAACUGAACGAAAUCACCUUCGUGAUUAACCACCUGAAGUAAAUUUGCAUUGCCAUAUUAAUAAACAAUAUACAAACAAUUCAUAUAGCUUACGAAAAUUGAUAGCUUUUAACUGUUCAGUAUACAUACUUGUUAUUAAUAUUAAGUAGAUUAACAUAAUAUUGUUACCACAUAUGACAUUUACUUCAUGUGGUAUUUACUCUUAUAACGUUAACACUGUCGGAUAUUAAAAAAGCUCUUAUAUUGUUCAUUAGAAAGCCUGUUGUGUAAUCGGUUACACAAAAAUUUUUGAAUUAGGUUUUCGUAAUAAACAAUUGCUUUUUAAUUAAAUUCUGGGGGGAUUUUUAAUGAGUUAUUUGGUAAAUAACAAAAACACUUUUUCAAAAAAUCCGACAGUAAUAACCACAAUAGAACCUGAAUACAGAAAGGACUAAAAUAAACAUUAAAAGGAUUCGGGUAAAAUAAAUGUAUUACUUAUUGUCGUU